AUGCCGGCCCCAUCGACCCGACAGUCUGCUACCGGUCCAUCUACAGGCGCGGUGUCGACGCCCGACCAGACACCAUCAAGUAAGCAAUUCCGAGGCAAACUAGUCACAAUCAUCGUCGGCAGUACCAGGGAAGCCUUCUCAAUCCACAAAGAUCUGUUGGUGUUUUAUUCCGACUACUUUCGCGCAGCCUUCAACGGAUCCUUCACAGAAGCAGCUGAGGGCAAGAUCGAACUCCUCGAUGUUGACCAAGAAGUGUUUCAGAACUUCCAUGCCUGGCUUUACACGCGCAAGCUCACCGAGCCUCUGAGCUGGAAACUUCUUGUCCACCUUUGGGUCUUUGGCGAUCGCUUCCAGGUGCCCCUGCUACAGAAUUGUGUCAUGGACGAGAUCUUCGCCAAGGAAAAAAGAGACGCUGAACUACCUCUGUGCUUGAUGAAGGUUGCUUACGAGAACACUGUCAACGGAUCGCCGCUUCGCAAAGCCGCAAUCGAGCUUUUGACCUUCUACUUCAAGAUCGGAGACGAUGUCGAUGGUAUCAUGACAGCUGACAAUCGUAAGCACUUCACAGUGGAGAUGCUUCAAGAUGUUAUCAAAGAACUUGAUGCAGCUCGUAAGAACAGGGUUCGUUACGGGAAGCCUCCAAAGAGAGACCAGUGCUUCUUCCAUGUUCAUGGCAAGGGCGAGCGCUGUUGA